AUGUCCUUUCCCAACAGCUCUCCUGCUGCUAAUACUUUUUUAGUAGAUUCCUUGAUCAGUGCCUGCAGGAGUGACAGUUUUUAUUCGAGCAGCGCCAGCAUGUACAUGCCACCACCUAGCGCAGACAUGGGGACCUAUGGAAUGCAAACCUGUGGACUGCUCCCGUCUCUGGCCAAAAGAGAAGUGAACCACCAAAAUAUGGGUAUGAAUGUGCAUCCUUAUAUACCUCAAGUAGACAGUUGGACAGACCCGAACAGAUCUUGUCGAAUAGAGCAACCUGUUACACAGCAAGUCCCCACUUGCUCAUUCACCGCCAACAUUAAAGAAGAAUCCAAUUGCUGCAUGUAUUCUGAUAAACGCAACAAACUCAUUUCUGCCGAGGUCCCUUCGUACCAGAGGCUGGUCCCCGAGUCCUGUCCCGUUGAGAACCCCGAGGUUCCUGUCCCCGGAUAUUUUAGACUGAGUCAGACCUACGCCACCGGGAAAACCCAAGAGUACAAUAACAGCCCCGAAGGCAGCUCCACUGUCAUGCUCCAGCUCAACCCUCGUGGCGCGGCCAAGCCGCAGCUCUCGGCUGCCCAGCUGCAGAUGGAAAAGAAGAUGAACGAAACCGCAAGCGGCCAGGAGCCCACCAAAGUCUCCCAAGUGGAGAGCCCCGAGGCCAAAGGCGGCCUUCCAGAAGAGAGGAGCUGCCUGGCUGAGGUCUCCGUGUCCAGUCCCGAAGCGCAGGAGAAGGAAAGCAAAGAGGAAAUCAAGUCUGAUACUCCAACCAGCAAUUGGCUCACUGCAAAGAGUGGCAGGAAGAAGAGGUGCCCUUACACUAAGCACCAAACGCUGGAAUUAGAAAAAGAGUUCUUGUUCAAUAUGUACCUCACCCGCGAGCGCCGCCUAGAGAUCAGUAAGAGCGUUAACCUCACCGACAGGCAGGUCAAGAUUUGGUUUCAAAACCGCCGAAUGAAACUCAAGAAGAUGAGCCGAGAGAAUCGAAUCCGAGAACUGACCGCCAACCUCACCUUUUCUUAG